UCAGCACAAACAAACACAUUGCCAGAAGAACUGUUACAGAUUCUCUCUCUAAAAGUCACCAUUUUCUCUCUCUAUAUAUGCUCGCAUUUAAUGUAUAGACUGUUCAUCAGAAGCUGCUGCGAUGCACUGACCAGAGAUGAAUCAUCAUCAUCAAGCUCCCGAAAAUCUCAUGGAUUUGCAGAGAUUUUUCCGCGGAUGGGCGGCGGCGGUUCUACUUCUUCUGCUCGUCUUCUUCCACAACCCUAGUCCGGUGACCGCCGGCGACAUCGUCCACGACGACGAUUCGUCGCCCAAGAAGCCUGGCUGCGAGAACGACUUCGUACUGGUAAAAGUGCAAACUUGGGUCAAUGGCAUUGAGGACAGUGAAUUUGUUGGUGUUGGUGCUCGAUUUGGCACUACCAUUGUGUCAAAGGAGAAAAAUGCAAACCAGAUUCCUCUUACACUUUCGGAUCCCCUUGAUUGUUGUAGUCCACCAAAGAAUAAGCUUGCUGGAGAUGUAAUCAUGGUGAACCGAGGUCACUGCAAAUUCACAACAAAGGCAAAUGUUGCAGAAGCUGCUGGUGCUUCAGCUGUUCUCAUAGUUAACAACCAAAAAGAGCUUUACAAGAUGGUUUGUGAACCUGAUGAAACUGAUCUAGAUAUACACAUACCUGCUGUCAUGCUCCCCCAAGAUGCAGGUGCAAGCUUAGAAAAAAUGCUAAUGAAUAGUUCAUCAGUGUCUGUGCAGCUAUACUCUCCACGACGACCUGUAGUUGACAUAGCCGAAGUAUUUUUAUGGCUUAUGGCAGUUGGUACUAUCUUGUGUGCAUCUUAUUGGUCUGCAUGGAGUGCAAGAGAAGCAGCUAUUGAACAGGACAAACUAUUAAAAGAUGCUUCAGAUGAGUUUCCCACCAUCAAAGACGUUGGUACUAGUGGAGUAGUUGACAUUAACAUGGCAUCAGCAGCCUUAUUUGCUGUUAUUGCUUCAUGCUUCUUGGUUAUACUUUACAAAUUAAUGUCAUCCUGGUUCAUCGAACUUCUGGUGGUUCUUUUUGCCAUUGGUGGUGCAGAGGGCUUGCAAACUUGUUUUGUUGCCUUGUUAUCAAGGUGGUUCAACCGUAGUGCAGAAUCAUACAUUAAAUUACCUUUAUUUGGAGCUGUAUCCUACCUUACUCUAGCUGUUUCUCCAUUCUGCAUAGCAUUUGCUGUUGUUUGGGCAGUUAAGAGAAAUGCAUCCUUUGCCUGGAUAGGCCAAGAUGUACUCGGAAUUGCGCUGAUAAUUACAGUUCUGCAGAUUGUGCGUGUACCUAAUCUCAAGGUGGGUACUGUUCUACUCGGUUGUGCCUUCUUGUAUGACAUAUUUUGGGUGUUUGUUUCAAAGAAGCUAUUCCAUGAAAGUGUGAUGAUUGUGGUGGCUCGUGGCGAUAAAAGUGGAGAGGACGGCAUUCCAAUGCUACUGAAGAUUCCACGCAUGUUUGAUCCAUGGGGUGGUUACAGCAUCAUAGGCUUUGGUGACAUACUUUUACCGGGAUUGAUAAUAGCAUUUUCGCUUAGGUAUGAUUGGUUGGCGAAAAAGAAUCUCCGAGCUGGGUACUUCCUGUGGGCAAUGUUUGCAUAUGGAUUAGGUCUUCUUAUUACCUACGUGGCACUGAACUUGAUGGACGGUCAUGGCCAACCGGCUUUGCUGUAUAUCGUCCCAUUCACACUAGGGACCUUUUUGACACUCGGGAAGAAGAGAGGCAAUCUGAAGAUCCUGUGGACAAGAGGGGAACCUGAAAGGGUUUGCCCUCAUAUCCAACUCCAACCCACCGAAGAAUCUAGCCAAGAGAAAUAAGUCCUCUUCUUGUAAUUGUAUCAUAAUCUGUGUAAUAUGCUUAGAUCAUCGAUGUUCUGCCAGAGAAGCAAAACCUAUUGCUUAGCGCAGGAUGCUACGAUCAACUAAGCGCUGCAUUCGUGUAACAUGUUAGCGAAUUCGAUGAUUUGUUCAUCGUAAGUUGUUCUAAUCAUGUGUUCGGUUCCUUUGCCCUUGUGGUUCUUGGUUUUGAACUGGGAAAAUGCCUGUUUUCUGCAUCCUUCAUUGCAAGGCCUCAAUGGAAAGAGUUUAAUCUGCAAUUUGUAGCAUAAA